UUUAAAAACAAUAUGUCAAUGUCAAAAAGAAGUGAAAAACUAAGUUAAAAACAAGUUGAGAAUAAAUGGAUUGAUAAAGUAGUCUGUAAAAACUAUAAAAUCAUAAGUCCAUUAAAUUCAGGUUUAAAUUCUUAUUCAUUUAGUAGGCUCUUUCGGUCAUAUCUACUUGGCAAUCCAUCAGGUCAAGUAAGAAUAUUAUGCAGUCAAGAUUUUAUCUACAGGGAAAAAUCCAAUUCUUGCUCAAUCAGUCAAGAAUGAAGUAGACGUGCUUUAUAAAUUAAAUGGGCGUAUUGGAUUUCCUCGCUUAUAUUAUUUUAUAUAGAAUGGAACUGAAAACUUCAUAGUGUAAACUUCACUAGGGUAGAACUUGUACUAAUUGCUAAUGCAAACUCCAAAAAAAGUGUUCUCCUUAAAAACUGUUCUGAUGUUCCUAGAUUAGGCAAUAGAAAGAUUGCAAUAUUUACAUAUGAAUGAUUACAUACAUCGAGAUAUCAAACCAGAAAAUUUCAUGACGGGUUUAAAGGAAGAUGAGAUUUACCUUAUCGAUUUUGGAUUUACAUCGAAAUAUCGAGAAUAAGGUUAGCACAUAGAAAGAUAGAAGAACGAAAAUAUCGUUGGAACUCCUAGGUAUUUGAAUGAUUAACUUUGAUAAGCCUAGAUUUUGCCCAAUUUGUUCUCAUUUGAGUUUGUCUUAAAACAGAGCUAGCGAUUUAGAAAGUUUAGGAUAUUUAGCCAUUUACUUUUUGAAAGGAUCAUUACCAUGGAUGCACAUACAUGCAGAAACCCCAGAAGAGAAAAUAAAAUUGAUUGGACAGAAAAAGAUGAAUACAUCAAUUGAAGAAUUAUGGUAUUUAACAAUAUAAUACAAAUAGUUUUGGAUUGCCAAAAACAUUUGAAGAUUAUUUUAAAUAUAUCUAAAACAUCUCAUUUGAUGGAGAUCCUAAUUAUGAUUACAUUUAAUAAUCUUUUAAAAAAUUGUAUUAAACAUUAGGAUAUCCAUUCGAUCAAAAGUUUGAUUGGACCAAAGAGGAAAUCAGAAAUUCUCAAGAUAACGAAAAAAAUACAAAAUAACUAUAGUUUUUGGAAGUUGGUAGGAAAUCUUUUACAGCAGAUGUUAAUAUUGAAGAAAUACCAUCACAAAUCUAAAAAAAGUAAUAUCUUCUUUUUAUCAUUAGAAAAAUAGAGAGAAUCCAUCAUCUCAAAAUUUAUGAAGAUUUAUUCUUGACUACUGACUUACAACAGGAUGAAAUCUAAGAAUUUGAACCAGGACUUACAUUGUUCGAGAGAAUGCAAUAGAUAAAUAAAUAAAAUUUAAAGAAAUAAAAAUGA